AUGGACAGCCCUGAGGACCAGUGGUGCUACCCAACCUCUAACCUGUCCUGCCCCAGAUUAGUGUUCAGUUCUGGGGCUCAGGUAACUCUCUACCUGGUGUUCCUGAUGGGCAUCCUGAUCACCAUCCUGGGCAACUCUGUGGUCAUCGUCUCCAUCACCCACUUCAAGCAGCUCCACAGUCCAACCAACAUGAUGGUGAUGUCUCUAGCCCUGGCUGACCUGUUACUAGGUUUAAUUGUGAUGCCCUUUAGCAUGAUGAGGACUGUACAGGGCUGCUGGUACUAUGGCGACGCUUUCUGCCUCAUCCACUCCAGCUUUGACAUGUUUCUCUCUUCUGUCUCCAUCUACCACCUGGUCUCAAUUUCGAUUGAUCGCCAUGAGGCAGUCUGCAACCCUAUGCUCUACUCAGUCCACAUCACCAUGCCUGUGGCCUCUUUCAUGAUCUCAGCCAGCUGGGUAAUAGCAGCUCUGUACACCUAUGGACUCUUCUACUCUAAGGCUUAUAUAACAGGAUUAGAAGACUCUCUGGAUUCUGUAAACUGUCAUGGUGAAUGCAUGAUAGUUUUCAACACCUUGUGGGGGACCCUGAGCACAAUCAUAGUUUUCUUCUUCCCUGUGUGUGUCAUGGUGGGUUUGUAUACUGAGAUCUACCAUGUAGCUAAGAAGCAUGCCAGGAGGAUAGAAGAUACCAUCCACAGAGUUGGAAGGGGGGCUAACGAGGGCGCAGUGUCGAAACGCUCGGAGCGCAAAGCAGCCAAGACGCUGGGUGUAGUGGUGGGUGGGUUUAUUUUAUGCUGGAUGCCCUGCUUCGUUGCUGCUAUUGUAGAGCCGUACAUACAUUUUGCUACACCUGGGACGUUGUUUGAGGUGUUCUGGUGGUUAGCCUACUUUAACUCCACUUUAAAUCCCAUCAUUUAUGCUCUGUUCUACCCCUGGUUCAGGAAAUCUGUUAAUCUUAUUGUCACCUUAAAGAUAUUCACCAGACACUCUUCUGAUAUGAAUGUAUUUGUUACUUGA